AUGGACAUAGACAGCCCACAGCCGCUCACCCCACCGCUGCCGCCUGGUCAUCCUCCAGCGGACGGCGCUGGCGGCAGCGGCAACCCGCCUCAACCCCUCGACCCGGCCGCUGCGCCUCACAAACGCAAGUACGACCAUCUGACCCAGCACAACGCCGACUCGUACCCCAUACCCAGCGAGCCCUCGUCGCCAGCUCCGCAUCCCUCCUCACCGCCCCCGCCAUCCUCGUCCCCUUUCCCCGAGCGCUCCGCCUCGUCCACACCGGCGCCCGCUUCCAUCUCCGAGGCGCAAAAGGUCUACAUCGCUCGCACGGCGCCUCAUCUUUUGGGCCGGCCACCAGCACAGCCAGCCUCCAGAACGCCAUCGCUUCCACCCUCUGGACGCUCCAGCCCAUCGGAUGAAGAUGGACGCUCGACACCGGACGGCACCGCUUCCACUCCGACAGCACACAAUCAGUCGCAUCACACCUUGCCUCAGGGCUAUCGCGGCCCUGCUCUGCGCAGGAACGAUGCCGAGGACUUUGCCCCCGCGCCGCACCUCGCUCCCACCGUCGGCUCUACCACCUUGUACAACACUGUCAACUUUGCUGUCAACCGCAACGGAUGGCGCUAUACUGCCGCAGGUCCCGCCAGCCAGCACUUGCCACAUACGCUCUUCAAGACGCUCGAGACGCUGCCCGCCACCGUGCACUGGUGCUGGUCCGAUCGCUCCCCCUUCACAAAGAUCUCGGCUGCUGCCGACAUCGUCUCGACCGACAAGGGCUUCCGCGGCGCACGCACCAACAUCGGCGUGCGCCAGGGAGAGUGGUAUGCUGAAAUCGAGAUCCUACCACCGGAGCACCUCGCUCCCGGCGUCGGCGCGCCCGGUCCGCUGCCUGCGCCCAUGAAGGACGGCUCACACAUUCGCCUCGGCUGGGCACGCCGCGAAGCGCCGCUCAACGCCCCCGUCGGCUUCGACGGCUACUCGUACGGCUUCCGCGACAAGACCGGCGACAAGGUCACGCUCUCCCGGCCUCUGCCGUACGGUCAGCCCUUCAAGGCGGGCGAUGUGGUGGGCAUGUACAUCAAGCUGCCCCAGCCCGCACCGCCUCAGGACGAGAACGACCCGGCCAACAUCCGCCGUGAACGCAUCCCCAUCCGCUACAAGGGCCAGCUCUAUUUUGAGAGCCUCGAGAACCCGCGCACGCGCGAGAUGGAUCAGCUCAUGGAGCGCAGUCGCAAAGGCAACAGCAUCGAAGAAGCACACCAGGGCAUCCAGGGCACGGGCGUCUUUGAACCUCUCGACCCCACCAACCCCGCGUCCUCGGAGGCUGCCAACGGUGUCGCCGCGGCUGCGGUCAACGGUGCCGGUGCGUCCGGCGGAGCGAGUGGUUCGGCCAAGGUCAAGAACCGCAAGACCACGGCUGCCAAGGACAAACCGUCCGGGCCUGCAACUCCGUCGCUGCGUCCUGUACCGCGCAUCGCCGGCUCCAAGAUCGGCUUUGUCGUCAACGGCGUCCCGCAGGGCAUCGCUUUUCGCGACCUCUUCGACUUCCGGCCUCUCCGCGUCAAGGGAUUCUCCAACCUCAGGCCUGCGCCCCUCAAGCCUACCGGACGCACGGCCAAGCAGGAUCUCAAGAAACCCGAGCUCGCCGAGCCGGUCAUCAACAUUCGCGCGCGCGAAAACGUCUUUGACGACGGCGCGCUCGGCUACUUUCCCUUUGUCUCGUGCUACGGCGGUGCACGCGCGCGGCUCGUCACUGGCGAGCACGGAUUCAAGUUCCCGCCCCCCGCGGACAUCGAAGCCGCACUGGAGAAUGCAUCAUCAGCGGGUCCAGGAUGGGAGAAGAUGGAAGAGUCAGAGGGGUUGGCCAAGUGGAAGCCCCUGGCGGCGCGGUUUGAGGAGCAUCUGGCCGAGAUGUGGCAGUACGACAUGCAGGACGAGGCGAGAGCCCAGGCUACCGCUGCCAAGCAGGCCGAAGAGAGGGAGAAGCGAAACCAUGCGGCAAAAGAGCGCUAUGCAGCCGCGAAGAAGAAGCACGCCGCCGCACUCGCGCGCAACUCUGCAGCAAGCUCACCGCACCCAGAGCACGAGCCUGACGCCGCGGAGGCGGAUACCGCCAUCACGGCCCAGCACGACGCACGCAUGGACGACGAUAUGCCCGAGUCGGCGCCCGCCACGGUUUCAGUGGUGAAGCUCGAGAAUGCAAGCGCAGAGCGUCCGGUCGAGGAAGUCAGCGAGAGUCCAACGCCAGCAUACGUCGCUUCAUCGCCACCCACGACACCGCCCGUACAACCGGCGCUGCGCGACGAUGAUGUCGACAUGGUCGAUUCGGCACUUUAA